CCUCUAGGUACCAGAGGACGAGAGGAACAGCGGAACCCUAACCACCAAACUUCUAAGACAUCUAAUACUGAGUUGUCCUCAACACCCUAGCACAGUCUUGCAGCCUGCCCCUUUCUGCCCGACCAGUUGCCUCCUCUGCCGCCUCUGGCCACCUCUGCGCCCGCUACCUCCAUCUCGGUACUCUCCAGCGACGACUCCCCCCAGGAAGAAAACAGCUCCGCCGCAAUGUCGACAACGAACCCCCCCCAGCUCUUCCUCCUAGCAGACCACAUUAAGCUCUCACUCUUAGAGCGGCAGCGAGCAAUUUCCCUCCGUCUCUCCCCAAACUCCCAAGACGGCCAGAUAUCCCGUUCGCUCGACCAACUGCGCUCUGGCAUCGAGGCUCUGGAAUCGCAGGUCGAGGACAGGCCGGAUGACGCCAUAUCAUCGCAACUCCCCCGUCUGCGCACCCAACUCUCCGACCUGGCGUCCCAAUUCACUAGCAACCCUACCACCGCCAGUACCAACUCUCCCACCCUCAUGACCCCCAACAACCCCUCCCUCAUCUCUGACUUCACCUCGGCGGCCCAAAAGAAACCCCGCCAAGUCAGCAAAUCUGUGCGUUUCAGCGACAACCCAUCAGGGUCCUCCCCCCCCCGCUCCAACUCCCCAGAGGACCCCAACCGCGCCGCUCUAUUCCCCUACCGCGACGACCCCUCCGAUGCCGACCACCCAGACCAGUCCUCGCUCUCGAAUGAGCAAAUCCACAUCUACCACAGCCAAGUCAUCCAAGAGCAGGACGACCAGCUGGACCGACUCGGUGAAAGCAUUGGACGGCAGCGCGAGUUGAGCAUGCAGAUUGGCGACGAGCUAGAUGGGCACGUGCUCUUGCUUGAUGAGGUCGAUGAAGGGGUUGAUCGACAUGCGGCGCAGUUUCGGCGCGCGAGGGGGAGGCUGGACAGGAUUGGUAGGAAGGCGAGGGAGAAUUGGAGUUUGACAAUUAUUGUGGCGUUGAUUGUUAUUUUGGUGCUUUUGAUUGUUAUUACAAAAUAAGAGCUGUGAGUGUGUGGGAAUGAAUGGCCGGUGGUGAAUCGGUGGUGAUGAAUGGUGGUGAUAAAUGGGGGUGAAUGGG